GGGAGCCCGGUGGCGGCAGAGCUGCGGGACGCGCCAUGCUGCCCGCCGCCCUCCGCCGCUGGCUGCGCCGACCCAAGCGCUCCGACCCUCGCCUGCUUUCCCAGUUCUUCUUUGCGGACGAGAGGGUGACACAGGUGGUGGCUGAAAUCAAUGGACUAGAUGCAGAGCUGGACCCACAGCAGUACCUUGUCCUCCUCAACCAGCUCCAUCUCAGCCAGGCUCACUUGCUGGCUGUCCUUGAGCAGAUCAUGGAGGAGUGCAUUCCCACACGGCGGCACAGUCGUGACUACUUAGUCAAGUUCCCUGAGGAGCUCUUGGUGGGCAACCUAGGGAACCACAUGCUCUUUGCCGCUGAGUGUCUCCUGGCUGGGACCUUCCUGGAGGUGGAGGAGGCAGAUGGGGCACAGCUUCGGCCCCAGGCCAGGAAGCUGCUGUGCAGCCUGGAGCUGGUGCGGACAGUGCUUCGGGAGCAAAGCCUGAGCCAGCCCAACUCCUACCCAGAACCUGUCCGGGCUGUGCUUGUCCAGUUUGACCAGCUCUUCGCAGAGUUCGAGCUGAGCUAUGUAUCCUCAAUGGUGGUGGUGAAGUCUCCUGAAGAGAUCUACAGGCAGCAGGAGAUCAUUGUGCUCUUCUGUGAGACUGUUGAGAGAGCCCUGCGUCUGGGCUAUGUGACCCAGGAGAUGAUUGAUGGCUACGAACCACUGCUGAUGUUCACCAUCCCUCGCCUGGCCAUUAUCAGUGGCCUACUUAUCUACCCUGAGGGUCCCCUCAGCUUGGAGCGGAGCCCUGAACAGAUGUCCCGGGUGUUCAGCCCCUUCUACAACCUCCUGAAGAAGAUCAGGGACCUGCUGCAUGUGCUGUCUGCAAAGGAGCUCUGCCUGCUGGAGAGGAGCUUGUGCACAACUGAAACAGAUCCCUGUGAUCUGGCCACCCCACCAGCUCGGGGGGCAGCUGUGGCCAGAGUGGAACCCUCUGCUCCCUGGGGUGUCCUGGAGGUCACACCACCACUAUCCCGCUGCAUGACACGUCUAGGACCCCGUGGUGUGGGGGAUGAUGCAGGCACCAAUUGGCAGUGGAGCCCCCAGCCCCUUGGGAGCAGCAUGGGGCUAGAUGCUAUCCCAGGUGCCCACUGUUUGGAGCUGCGCUCCCGCUACAGCAGCACUAAGGAUAUGCUGCAUACCCUUUUCGUCUGCAUCUCAGGGGUGGCCGAUCAGCUCCAGACCAACUUUGCCAGUGACCUACGGAGCAUCUUGAAAACGGUUUUCAAGAUCAUUGCCUCACAGACAGAGCCCUCAGAGGAGCCAAAUGCCAGCCGAGGCAGUGACCCGUGUGUGGCUGAUGCUCCUCGUGCGACUGGAUGUCCCCUGUGCUCCAGCCCUGCAGAGGCAACCAGGCUCCAAAGAACAGGUGCCCACCAUAUGCCCGAGUGGGUGCCAGACAGCACAUGCAGCCAGUGCUCUGCAUGCCACUCCCCCUUCAACCUGCUACGUCGCCGGCACCACUGCCGGAGCUGCGGGAAGAUAUUCUGUGCCCGCUGCUCACCUCAUGCUGUGGCGCUGCCACACUAUGGCCAGCUGAAGCCUGUGCGUGUUUGCACACACUGCUACGCCGCACACCUCUUGCCUGCAACCCGGCGCACCAGAAGCCAGUGAGAGCCCCCUGUGCCAGAUCCACAUCGGAAUGAGGCUGCAGGCCUGGUCUGCGGAGAAAAGGCCACACUGGGGUUGCUGGGCAGCUCCGUGGCCUCACAACUGCCUUUGGGCUUGGAUAGGCAUGGUGGUAGGACCCCACUGAUGACGGCAGGACGCAUGCAUGUCGGUAGGACCUGCCACACGCAGUGGCAGCCUGUGCCCCGUGCCCGCGGGGCUGGGAUCACAGUAGGCACAGGAUCACUUCACCAGAUGCACCACAGCCAUGCCCAUCUCCUGGAGAGUGGGCUGCUGCCAUGUGUCUGCCCCUCGUCUGGAAACGUGUGGGAAAUGUGCUUCGCGGUGGCUUUUUUUCCAGGUGAACUUUGGCUGCUGUCGGGGCCGGGGCAGAGCCUCCCCCCAGAGCCUGGCCUGAGAAGAUGCAAAUAGCCCUCACAUGACGGCCGAUGCUCCGGGGCGGCCCCCGGCCGGGUCGUGCAGUGCCCGGGAACUGGCCCGGGCACACGGACCCAACGCUCACCUCCCUCACCCCCACCUCCGCCCUGUGGCUUUAAUAAAGAGUUAAAGCUGCC